AUGGCGGUCAAGGUCUACGUCGUGUUUUACUCCACCUACGGGCAUGUUGCCAAGCUAGCUGAGGAGAUCAAGAAAGGUGCCGCGUCAGUUGAAGGCGUGGAGGUCAAAAUAUGGCAGGUCCCAGAAAUUCUGUCCGAGGAGGUGCUCGGCAAGAUGGGUGCGCCACCCAAGACGGACGCGCCGAUCAUCACGCCGCAGGAGCUCGCGGAGGCCGACGGCAUCCUCUUCGGGUUUCCCACGCGGUUCGGCAUGAUGGCGUCACAGAUGAAGGCCUUCUUUGACGCCACCGGCGGGCUGUGGCGGGAGCAGAGCCUUGCUGGCAAGCCCGCCGGCCUCUUCUUCAGCACCGGCACCCAGGGCGGCGGCCAGGAGACCACGCCGCUGACGGCGGUGACGCAGCUGACGCACCACGGGAUGGUGUUCGUGCCGGUGGGGUACACGUUCGGCGCCAAAAUAUUCGACAUGGAGAGCGUGCACGGCGGCAGCCCGUACGGCGCGGGCACGUUCGCCGGGGACGGGUCGCGGUGGCCGACGGAAGUGGAGCUGGAGCACGCCUUCCACCAGGGCAAGUACUUCGCCGGCAUCGCCAAGAAGCUCAAGGGCGGCUCCGCCUGA